GAUCAUUGAUGAUUGACUUUUGGCUCAACGGGAUCAACGAUUUAAAUUGAUUUGAAAAAUCAAAAAUCAAUCAAUCAAUCAAUCAUGGAAGAUCAAUUAGUUUGGGCACCAGAUACACAAAAUGGUUAUGUUUUAGGUAGAGUUAUUGAUAUUAAAUCCAAUCCGAAUAAUCUGGCAACGAUACGUAUUGAAUCAAAUCAAUUGAAUAUUUUUCCUGGUUAUCAACGUAAUUCUUCAACGAAUAACAAUAAAGAAACAAAUGAAACAAUUGAAUGUUCAAUUGAAAAUGUUUAUCCAACCGAAAUUGAUUUACAAAAAGAUUAUGAUGAUAAUUGUUCAUUAAUGUUUUUGAAUGAAGGCAAUCUUUUACAUAAUAUUCGUUUAAGAUAUUUUAAAAAUAAAAUUUAUACAUAUGUAGCAAAUAUAUUGAUUGCAUUAAAUCCAUAUUAUGAUUUACGUGAACAACUUUAUUCAUCAAAAAUUCUACAAUCAUAUCAAGGUAAAUCAUUGGGUAAAAUGCCACCACAUGUAUUCGCUAUUGCUGAUAAAGCCUAUAAUGAUAUGAAACGUAUGUUAUAUUCACAAUCAAUAAUUGUUAGUGGUGAAUCUGGUGCUGGUAAAACUGAAUCAACAAAAUAUAUAUUACGUUAUAUUUGUGAAUCAUUUGGUGAUGAAUUACAAACAACAGGUCAAAAAACAAAUGCAAUACAAAUUGAACAAUUAAUUUUGGAAGCAAAUCCAUUAUUAGAAGCAUUUGGUAAUGCAAAAACAGCACGUAAUAAUAAUAGUUCACGUUUUGGUAAAUUUAUUGAAAUUUAUAUGAAUCGGAAAUUUUCUGUUGCUGGUGGUCAUAUAUCACAUUAUUUAUUGGAAAAAAGUCGUAUUUGUGGUAUAAAUAGUCCAUUAGAACGUAAUUAUCAUAUAUUUUAUCAACUUUGUGUUGGUUUACCAAAAAAUUUAUGGGAAAAACUUUGUUUAAAACCACCGGAUAAAUUUACAUAUUUGAAUAAAGGUUGUACACAAUAUUUUUUAACAGCAAUGGAAGAUAAAAAUCUAUCCACAGAUCGUAAAUCACAACAACAUUUACAAGAAGGUUAUCUUAGUGAUUCAAUUGUUAAUGAUCUGGCUGAAUUUCAUGCAAUGGAUCGUGCAUUACAUCAUUUUGGUUUGAAUGAUGCGGAAAAAAUGAUUAUCUAUGAAAUUGUUGCUGCAAUAUUACAUUUAGGUAAUAUACAAUUUGAAGAAUCACCAAAUGAUUCACAUGGUGGUUGUCGUAUUAUUGAAAAUGAUCCAAAUAGUCAACAAGCAUUAAAAGAUUCAGCAAAAUUAUUAGGCGUGGAUGUUGAUCAAUUGCAACAAUGUUUACAAACAAGAAUUAUGCAAACACAAAAAGGUGGUUAUAAAGGUUCAACAUAUAUGGUACCAUUAAAAGUUUAUGAAGCACAAAAUGCACGUGAUGCAUUAGCAAAAGCAAUUUAUUCACGUCUAUUUGAUUAUAUUGUAUUAAAAAUUAUUAAUCGUAAAUUACCUACAAAUGAUAAUCAACAACAACAACAACAACAACAAUAUUCAAUCGGUGUAUUAGAUAUUGCUGGUUUUGAAUAUUUUCAAACAAAUUCUUUUGAACAAUUUUGUAUAAAUUAUUGUAAUGAAAAAUUACAAAAUUUUUUCAAUGAACGUAUAUUGAAUGAUGAACAAAAACUAUAUGAACAAGAAGCACUUGGUUUAAAACAUAUUGAUUAUGUUGAUAAUCAUGAUUGUAUUGAAUUAUUUGAAUCAAAAAGUUUUGGUAUAUUUGAUUUGCUUGAUGAAGAAUCACGUUUACCAAAACCAUCAUCAUUACAUUUUACUGAAAUGGUACAUAAAAUUAAUGGUUCGAAAUUUCGUUUAGAUUUACCAAGAAAAUUUAAAUUAAAAUUAUAUCGUGAUUUACGUGAUGAUGAAGGUUUUAUUAUUAGACAUUUUGCUGGUGCUGUUUGUUAUCAAACCGGACAAUUUAUUGAAAAAAAUAAUGAUAGUCUACAUACAAAUUUAGCAUUUUUAAUGUUAGAAUCUAAUAAUGAAAUGUUGAAACAAUUUUUUCAAACUGAUUCACAACAUUCAAAUCAACCAAAUCAACAUUCAAAUCAUCAAUCAAAUUUUUCAUCAACAAGUUUAGCCGAUAAAUCCGUACGGUUAAGUGCCGAAUCAGUUGGUUCAAAAUUUCGUAAACAAUUAGCCGAUCUGAUUGGACGUUUACAAUCAACUGGUACACAUUUUAUACGUUGUAUAAAACCAAAUUUAAAAAUGAUAUCAAAAAAUUUUGAUGGUGGUUGCAUUCUAUCACAACUGAAAUGUUCGGGAAUGAUAUCAGUUUUACAAUUGAUGCAAUAUGGUUUUCCAUCACGUUGUACAUAUUUACAAAUUUAUGAACUAUAUUCAACACGUUUACCAAAACGUUUAUCAUCGAUUGAACCACGUUUUUUUUGUCAUGCAUUAAUUAAAUCAGUUGGUUUAAACAUACAAAAAGAUGUUUGUUUUGGUGUAACGAAAAUAUUUUUUCGACCGGGUAGAUUUGCUGAAUUUGAUUUAUUAUUAAGAAAUGAUGAUCCAAAACAAUUAGAUCAAUUAGUUAGAAAAGUACAACAUUGGUUAAUAUCAUCACGUUGGCGUCGUGCACAAUGGUGUUCAUUAUCGGUUAUUAAAUUAAAAAAUAAAAUAAUUUAUCGUCGUCAAUGUAUAAUAAUAAUACAAAAAUAUAUACGAAUGUAUUUAGCAAGGAAAAAAUAUCGUCCACAUUAUGAAUGUUUGAAACAAUUAAAAUUGAUUGAAAAUUAUUUAAAUAAUGUUCAACCAUUAAUCAAGAAAAUACAAAAUGAUCAAGAACGUCAAACAUAUUCACAGAAAUUAUUAUCAAUAAAUGAAAAUUUAAAAUCAAUUCCAAUCGAUUCAAUAAUACCCGAUACGGAUCCAAAAAUAAUGGAUAAAAAUAAAUGUUUAAAACAAAUUGAUUUAAUACGGAAAGAAAUUGAUAAAUUAAUUAUAAAUCUUGAACAAGCAUUAAAUGAACAAGAAUUACGUUUAAAAUAUUUACAACAAGAAUUAGAACAACAACGUUUACGACAAAUUGAAGAAGAACAAUUGAAACAAAAACAAGAACAAAAACGUCGUGAAUUAAAUGAACAACGUGAAUUGAUUGCUAAACAAUUUGUUCAAACAGAAACUGUCAAUCAACAAACUGAAAAUGGUUACCUUGUUGAUCCAUCAUCGUUAUCAACGGAUCAACCAUCAAGUUUAAUGAUGAUAAUGAAUGAAGAAGAAAGACAAAAACAAAUUGAUUAUUUAAAACGUUUAGAACAGGAAAGACGUGAUUAUGAACUGGCAUUAAGAUUAUCACAAGAUGGUAAUAUUGUUCAACAACAACAACAAUCGCAAGAUGAAUUUCAUUAUAAUCCAUAUGUGAAUUCCGUACGACAACAGGAAUCAAUGGUAAAUCAUCCAAAUAAUAAUAAUCGAAAAUAUAAAUUAGAAAAUUGGAAUUAUGCAAAAUUAAGAGAUACAAUAAAUACAUCGAAUGAUAUUGAAUUAUUAGAAUUAUGUCGUGAAGAAUUUCAUCGUCGUUUAAAAGUUUAUCAUCAAUGGAAAGAUCGUAUACAUAAUAGUCGUUCAUUAUCGACAACAGCGCCAACAACAGCGCCAGCAGCGAGUAACGAUAAUCAACUAAAUAAUAAUAAUAAUAAUAAUAAUUUGUUGAUUAUGCAACAACAACAACAACAACAAAUUGAUAAUAAUAAUCGUGCACCUGUUAGCAUAAUGAAUUCAACAACAUCAUCAUCAUCAUCGACGAUGAUGAUGAAUAAUAAUCAGGUGAAAUCAACUAAACAACAACAACAACGUUAUUUUCGUUUACCAUUUGAUCGUCAUUGUGGACAAUCAAAAGGUGUUUGGUAUGCACAUUUUGAUGGUAAAUGGAUUGCAAGACAAAUGGAAAUACAUCCAAAAAAGAAACCAAUAUUAUUGAUUGCAGGUAUAGAUGAUUUAAAAAUGUGUGAAUUAAGUUUAGAUGAAACCGGUCUAACGGGUAAACGUGGUGCCGAAAUAUUACCCGAAGAAUUUGAAGCUGUUUGGUGUCGUAAUGGUGGUAGCCAAUCAUAUCGUUUGAAAAAAUAGUGGAAAAAAAAUUUUCCAAAAA